ACAAAAGCUAAAACGGAAGCUGUUUCAAAGAAUUUAUUUUCUCUGAAAGUUCCAAGUUAAAAGUGAUUAGACGAUAAAUCAAAUUUGAAACAUAUCUUCAGCAUCUUAUGAAAUCGUUUAGAGAUGUCGCACAAACUGAAAAUAGCAAUAUACAUGCUUUGGCUGGCAUUGGGAGCGAUGCAAUCAGCUGAUGGACAAUCGAUUUCGAAUACGGUGCAUCGCACGCAAGCUGCCACGGAGCGCGUUAAUGAUCUCUCCUGCUACGAAUGUGAUACGAUGGACCAUGGCGAGGCGUGCGUGGAUGUCAUGACGCGCAAUCUAACCAAUUUCAUACGCAAAUGCAAGGGUGAGGAGUUCAUUUGUAUGGUGAAACGUUUCUCAUACACAACCAGCACGGAGAACUCCACCAGCGCACCAAAAAUGUGGUCGCUGGAUCGACGCUGCGCUGUAACCUGUGAGUCCGGCUGCAUCGUGAUCGGCGAGCGAACGAAGCUGUACGCUUGCACCUCGUGCUGUGAAAAGUCGCUCUGCAAUACGGGACGCGGACGGGCCGUGAGCACUUUCCAGCGCGUCGAAACGGGCAUUGGCACAUACUGGUGUGCCGCAAUGGUGGCAACAUUGUUGCAGCGACUACUCCUACACAGCAAUCAAUCCCUGUUGGAAAUCUGAAGCUUAGCAUAAAAAGAGAAAGACAGUUAAAGAAGAAUAGCGGGUACUUAGUAGGCAGUUUUAGUGCAGCAGUGGCUGUGGCAGAAGAAGUUACGCAGCAGCUGGCAUUAAAGCAGAGAUUAGAUGCUCUAAAGAUGGUUCUACAAGCAACUCUCCUAUAAGCGCCAAAAACUUAAACUAUUUAGCAAAUGUAUACUCAUUAUGAGGUAGUUGAAAACUUUUUCCUGUUCAAGUCAGCCAAAUACUUUUGUGAUACCAAAAAGCAUAAUUAAUAAAACUAAUUAAGUUACUAAUUAAAGUUUAGUGUUGAAAUUCCAUGCUAAUGCUUGUGUGUUCUCAUAUUAUGCCUUAAGGUAGACCACAUGUGAGUGUAGUUCCGUUAAUGACUCCCACUUCGCCACUUGUUUGGAUCGUUUAACUCGGCCUAGGCCAUUAAUAAAAUUCUUAAUUAAAGCAACAAACGUCAAGUUUAAGGGUGCAAACCGACUUCAGACACAAGCCCCGCCGCCUAAUGCAGUCCAAAUAUAAAUUGCCUCAAAUGCUUUCGAAAAUGUUUUACCAAACCAAACUCCAAACCACACUCUCCUUCGCGGCUACUUGUGAGAAUUUGACGCAUGCAUGCGAUUUCCGUUGCUUGGGCCGCUGUUUGUCCCAACACGCUC